AGCCUGCCGCACACGAGAGCUAUCUACUGAGCUAAAAGUCAUUUGAGACUGUUUUCUCAGCAGAGAGCUCGCCGUGUGCGCCUCAUUUUCGCCGAACUUUCUACCUCGCGAGGCCUUGAGGUGAAAACCAAACACGUUUGAUAUUUUUUGCCUCGCGAGGCAAAAAACUCACCGUGUGCGUGCUACGAAAGUUACGUGCUGAGGGCAGAAAUUCAAGUGACCAAUCAAGAAGCGCCCUCCGCUCACAUGAUUCGCUCACAUGGUUCCAAGAUGGUGACCCACAGCGAAGUUGUCAAUGACUACAUUUUGGAAGAUAAAUUGGUCGAAAUGUGGCCAGACUAUCCCUGUUUAUAUGUCGUCACCUUGUCGGACUUUAAAAACAGGGACAAGCGCGAGCAGGCAUUCAAGGAGAUGGCAGCAAGAUUGGACCAGACAGUGGAGUGGGUGAAAAUAAAAAUAAGAUUGCUGCGGAACAGCUAUACCAAGGCCAGAAAACCUCAAACAAGUGGAAGUGCCAGGAAACACUUGACCAAACGUUCCAAAUGGCUUUUGGAAAAACUGCAAUUUCUUGCUCCCUACAUCGCUGCUCGGCCAACAAUAACAAACUUGGAUACGCCAUCACCAUCUGAUACAGCUGGCAGUGAGGACACCAUUGACGUGCUAGAUGAUGGCCAAAGUGAAGACCCCAAUGAUACAUCUUCUGUCUUUGAAAGUGAAGCUGAUGAAGGAGAAAGCAGUACAAGCACAUCUACCCCCAAAUUCACAAAACAACCCAUCAUACGACCAAACCAUCUGAAACGGCAACGAGAUGCUGAAGAAUAUCAGUUGAUAAAAGGGUUGGCUGAGUCAAUUACUCAGAGAAACAAGGCACAAAAAAAAUCAGUGGAAGAUAAUGCAGUUUGUGCAUUUGGUCGGUAUGUCACACAAACGUUGUCUGAGUUUGAUCCAUACACUAGAAACAUGGCCCAAUUCCAUAUUAAUAAUAUUUGA